UUCAGGCAUCUGCCUGUUGUAGAGAAUGGUGAAGUUAUUGCUCUGUUGGAUAUUACAAAGUGCCUCUAUGAUGCCAUUUCCAGAAUGGAGAAAGCUGCAGAAAAGGGAAGUGCAAUAGCUGCUGCAGUUGAAGGUGUGGAGCGCCAGUGGGGAAGCAAUUUCUCAGUUCCAUAUGCUUUCAUAGAAACUCUGAGAGAGCAGAUGUUCAAGCCUUCCUUGUCAACUAUCAUUGCUGAAAAUUCCAGGGUUGCAAUUGUAUCCCCAUCAGAUCCUGUUUAUGUUGCCACAAAAAAGAUGCGAGAGUUGCGGAUCAAUUCUGUUGUCAUAGUGACUGGGAACAAAAUUCAGGGGAUUCUAACUUCGAAGGAUAUCCUUAUGCGAGUUGUGGCACAAAACCUCUCCCCUGAAUUAACUCUUGUAGAAAAGGUGAUGACUCCGAAUCCUGAAUGUGCAGCAUUGGAACAACUAUUCUCGAUGCAUUACAUUUAUGCAUGAUGGGAAGUUCUUACAUCUUCCUGUCGUACACUAAGGUUAG